ACCAGACAGCAGGAUGGCAGAGGCUCUGCUCAGCGCCAUGCUUCUCUUGGCCCUUCUUGGCAGAACUGAGAGCAAGAAUGAGGAGCUGAACCUGUAUCACCAUCUCUUCGACAAUUAUGACCCAGAAUCCCGGCCAGUUAGGAGGCCUGAGGACACUGUUACCGUCACCCUCAAGGUCACCCUAACCAACCUCAUCUCACUGAAUGAGAAGGAGGAGACCCUGACCACCAGCGUCUGGAUCGGAAUUGACUGGCAGGACUAUCGACUCAACUUCAGCAAGGCUGAUUUUGCCGGCCUUGAAACCCUGCGGGUCCCUUCAGAAUUUGUAUGGCUGCCAGAGAUUGUUCUGGAAAACAAUAUCGAUGGGCAGUUUGGAGUGGCCUACGAGUGCAAUGUUCUGGUCUACGAGGGAGGCUUUGUGAGUUGGCUGCCCCCGGCCAUCUACCGCAGCACCUGCGCAGUGGAGGUCACCUACUUCCCCUUCGACUGGCAGAACUGCUCUCUCAUUUUUCGCUCCCAGACCUACAAUGCUGAAGAGGUGGAGUUCAUCUUUGCAGUGGAUGACAACGGCAAGACCAUCGACAACAUUGACAUCGAUACCGAAGCUUUUACUGAGAAUGGAGAAUGGGCCAUCGACUACUGCCCAGGCAUGAUUCGCCGCUAUGAGGGAGGCCCUACAGAAGUCCCAGGAGAAACUGAUGUCAUCUACACGCUCAUCAUCCGCCGGAAGCCACUUUUUUACGUCAUCAACAUCAUCGUACCUUGUGUGCUCAUUUCUGGCUUGGUGCUGCUCGCUUACUUCCUGCCUGCUCAGGCUGGUGGCCAGAAAUGCACUGUCUCAAUCAACGUCCUGCUAGCCCAGACUGUCUUCUUGUUCCUAAUUGCCCAGAAAAUUCCAGAGACAUCUCUGAGCGUGCCACUGCUGGGCAGGUAUCUCAUUUUCGUCAUGGUGGUUGCCACGCUCAUUGUUAUGAAUUGCGUCAUCGUGCUCAACGUGUCUUUGCGGACGCCGACCACUCACGCCACAUCCCCUCGGCUGAGACAAAUUUUAUUGGAGCUACUGCCACGCCUCCUGGGCUGGAGCUCACCCCCAGAGGCUCCCCGAGCUGCCCCGCCUGCGAGGCGUGCCUCGUCUGUGGGCAUUCUGCUCCGAGCAGAGGAGCUCAUCCUGAAAAAGCCGCGGAGCGAGCUUGUAUUUGAGGGGCAGAGAUAUCGGCAUGGAACUUGGACCGCGGCCCUCUGUCAGAACCUGGGUGCCGCAUCCCCUGAAAUCCGCUGUUGUGUGGAUGCUGUGAACUUUGUGGCUGAGAACACACGAGACCAGGAAGCCAAUGGAGAGGAAGUGUCCGACUGGGUGCGCAUGGGGAAGGCCCUUGACAACAUCUGCUUUUGGGCAGCUUUGGUACUCUUCAGCGUCGGUUCCUGCCUCAUCUUCCUUGGGGGUUACUUCAACCAAGUUCCUGAUCUCCCCUAUCCACCAUGUAUCCAACCAUGAGCCUGCACCAGCACCCACUCCACCCGUCCCCUGCAAGAAGUCGAUUUUGAAAACAGGCUGAUAAUAAAUCUGUUUUGUGAACUU